AUGGACCCCUUGGGCGCGACCGCGUCCAUCAUCGCUAUUCUACAGCUCUCAACUGCAGCGACACACUAUGUGGUCAGCGCCAAGGGAGCCACCAAACAACAAAGGCGGCUUCACGAGGAACUCCGUGGCUGUGAGGACAUGCUCCUCCAAUUAAAGGAUAUUCUUGAGAAUGAGCAACCAGACCCAACACGCGGGCCACUGUUUUCACUUCUCCAAGGACCGCACAGUCUUUUCGAGCGGUUGGAGACCUUGUUUGAAUCGAUCAAGACAAGGCUGUACCCUAAAAAAGGUCUGACCAGGGUGUUUUCGUCCUUGGCUUGGCCUUUCAACGAGAGGGACGUCAAUGAGUUGAUUGCCGCCAUACAACGCGAAAAAUGCCUUUUACAGCUGGCUUUGGAGAGUGAUAGCCGGCCCAGAGCCGACCUGAAGGACUUCAUUCAAACAGCCCAAGAAAAUCAUAAUCGCUUGAUGGACCUGAUGCAAAAUCUCAAAGAGGAUUCGGACGAGCAAAAGGAUCAAUUUAAGGAAUUGAGCACAGCACUUGAAUCUAUUCAGAGCACUCAAGAAACCGUUUCGAACAGUCUGGACAAUCUUGCCACUGCUGAGGCGGCAGAACGACGACUCAAAAUCCUUGAUUGGAUUACACCAAUGGACUUCAAAUCUGAUCAAGAAGAUCAUCUAGACCGACUUCAGCCUGGGACCGGCCAGUGGCUCUUGGAUUCGGCUCAGUUCAAACAGUGGGUAGGGGUGAAGUACCAGACUCUCUACUGUCCUGGUAUUCCUGGAGCAGGAAAGACCAUUCUUACGUCGCUAAUCAUUAAUCAUCUGCAAAAUCAGUAUCAACCGGAAAAUGUAGGGGUCGCCUAUAUUUACUGUAACUUUAGCCGCCAAGGAGAUCAGACACCAAAAGCUUUGCUUGCCUCACUUCUCAGACAGACGAUCCAACGUAAAGGUCAAAUCGACACACAAGUCACGCGCCUCUACGAAACCCGAGACUAUAUUGCUCGAAGUCUUCAGUUCAGCACUACCCUGGAGAUAAAGGCAUCCGAAACGGAUAUCAGCAAUUUCACGCAGGGGCAGAUGUCACGGCUACCGUCUUUCGUUACAAGGAGACCUGACCUUCAGAUUGAGAUCUCGGAGACUAUUGUUACAGCUGCACAAGGAAUGUUUCUUCUAGCCGAGCUGCACGUUGGAUCUCUUGUGGGAAGCGCUUCCCCCAAAGCCCUUCGUAACGCCCUAAAGCAAUUACCAACCGGUUACGAUCAAGCAUACAGAAACAUCAUGGGGCGUAUUGGCCACGAAAAAACACAAUCCCAGCGGGAUUUGGCAUAUCAGGUCUUGGAAUGGCUUACGCGUGCCAAGCGUGCUCUCACUCUUCGUGAGUUACAGCACGCACUUGCAGUAGAACCUGACAGUACAGAGCACUGCCUAGACACAGAGAACCUUCCAGAAGAAGAUGAACUAGUGUGCGCCUGUGCAGGGUUGGUCGCUGUGGACAAAGCUAGUGGUAUCAUACGACUAGUCCACUAUACUGCGCAAGAUUUCUUCGAGAAGACCCAGUUCCAAGUGUUUCCAGGAGAUGAGAUAGGCAUCGCAAGGAUAUGCCUAAAGUAUCUCUCGUUUGAAGGCUUGAGCGGGCCUUGCAAUUCAGACGAUGAAUAUGAAAGCCGUUUAAGGAGUAACCCUUUUUACAGUUAUGCAGCGCGGAACUGGGGCCAUCAUGCGCGCAAUUCUGAUAUGAACCAGAUAUCUGACAUCGCCCUCAAGCUUCUCGAAAGGUCGACUACAAUCGAAGCCAUGAGCCAGGCCUUAUUCACAGGAACUCAAGAAACCCUUUUUGAGACGCGUUACCCAGGACACAGUCAACUUUUCCCCCGACAGAUGCACGGGCUGCACCUGGCCGCAUACUUCGGCUUGGAAGGGCUAGUCCAGAGCUUGGUCGUUUCGCAAGAUCCAAAUCUUUGUGACGGCCGCGGUAUGUCCGUCCUGUCGUGGGCGGCUUCGAGGGGCCAUUUAGGCGUUGUCAGAUUUCUGGUGGAACGCAGCACGGUCAACAUCGCUAUUGACAAGAGCGACCAUUACGGCUUUACUCCGCUUCUCCUGGCUGCCCGUAAUGGCCAUGAAACGACAGUCGAGUACCUCCUAGGUAAAGGAGCAAGUAUUGAUGCAGCGGAUCGCCAUGGUAGAACGCCACUGUCCUGGGCUGCUGGGGAAGGCCAUUCCCCAGUUGUUGGUGCUCUUCUAGCGUGGCACCUGGGAGUAGAUGUUGACGCGGUGGACGAGAAGGGCCGAUCGUCGCUGUUGUUGGCAGCCCAAAGAGGCUUCGGCACUGUUGUUAAGCUUCUUCUGGAUGCAGGAGCAGCACCUGGCAAAGCAGAUAAGCUUGGCCGAACACCCCUAUCAUGGAGAGUAAAAUGCCCAGAGAUUGUGGAGCUUUUGCUCCGUGCAAAGGCCGACAUGAACACCAGUGAUAUGUAUCAGCACUCCCCGUUGUCUUAUGCAGCUGCUGGGGCAUAUGAGACUACAGUCAAGUUACUCCUCGAACAUGGAGCCGAUGUCGACACCAAAGACGUCAACGGUUGGACGCCUCUGCUGUGGGCCACGUCAAAGGGGUCUGAGAAGAUUGUCAGCGUGCUUCGUGAAUAUGGUUGCCCGGGAGAUGUAAACGACGAUCAGAAACGCACCUUCACAGAACAUAUUGUAGGAACGAGUGGCAAAUGCGAGAUACUGGACCCCCGUAAGCACAAUCAACGCCUUUGGAGAAAUGGGCAAACUAACGGUUGA